AUGACUGGUGUAUAUGCUCGCACAAGGGAGCGAGAGAAGGCGUGGAAAUUCGGCAUGUACUGCCUCGUCGCACCUAUUGCCAUAACUCCGUUCUGGUACUGGCUAUUCCAUGAGACCGUCAUUGGCAAAAAAGCGUUUCUAAGGGUCAUGUGGGUCUUUUCUGAGAUUCUAGAAGCUGGUGCCGUGGUUCCGCAACUCUUACUUCUGCGUCAAACCACGGUGCCCACCGUCCUUGAUUCCUUCUAUCUAGUUGCGCUCGGAGCAUACCGCUUUCUCUAUAUCCUCAACUGGAUUACCCGUGCGACAAAAGAAGAUGAAUACAAGGACCCUACGUCUUGGGUUUGGGGAACCAUCCAGACCGCGCUCAUCCUCGAUUUUGCCUGGGUGUAUUGGAGCCGACAGCGAGUGAAGCUUCGACGAGGCGGAGUUGUAGACUCGGAGGAUCUAGGCCGUGGCUGGCUGGUGGGUCGCUUCGUGGGUCGUAAGAGUGUCGACUUCGAUUACAACGAAGAGGAGGCGCGGCCUGCUGACCAGAACGGUCGCCCAAAAAACGCCUGGGGACGGCGAGGCAUCUCGGUUUCUGCAGACGAGGAUGUGCAUGGCGCCCCUCGCGGUAAGAAUUCUGUAUCUGGCAACGAGGACCCAGAAGCCCAGCCUCUAGCAGACCCUGCCGCUUUUGAGGAUGAUGAUAGCGACGACGCUCUGGAUGCGCCACCUCCAGCGGCUCGAACAACACACGAGAGUGGAGUUAGCGGCGGCGACGAGUGGAACGAAGACGUGGACGCAGAUGCGCAGGAACAUGAAGGAGUUCCAGAACGAACAUCCUAG